UCUCUGUCAACGCAAUAACAAUGGCUGCAUUUUUCACCCGCUCACUCCUGGAUCUCCCAACAAUAUCCCUGACAGAUGUGAGCAGAAUUAUCCAGGCUAAUUCAGCCACAGCCACCGCAAGAAGGGGGAAAAGGAUUUAAACUCUACGUUUCGAAUUAUGUCCAUAAUUAUGAAGUGGAGCCGUAAAGAUAUAGGUGUCAUACAAACGCUCACAAUAGGAAGCGGUUCAACGGGACAUACACCCAAGUCCUGGGGAAACCGCCUGUGGUGGUGUGUGGGCACCUUUCCGGGGAGAGGUUUACACUGACCUUCUCUUCCUGGGGGACUUCUGCCCUGAUACUGGACUGGAGGACUUUCUGGGCAGUCUCUCGGGGCAUGUCAAGUAUUAUCAGGGCUCAGUGAAGACGAGCACAGGACAACAACACACUGAACAGGUACGCACACACACUCACAGACAUGCUCACACACACACACAAAUCUCCACACAUCAACGCCGUCUCUCCUGUGUCGUCUCAUUCUAGUAUGAUCACCGUCAAGACGUAUCAUCCCGAAAACAAGGGUGAUUGUCAAAAUAUUGAAGCCCAGCAACAAGUUCCUGGUACAGAAUAUCCCAGACUGGAAGUGGAGCUUUGGCGAUGCGGCCUUGUGUCCGAUGGAGCUCUAGCUGGGCUUCAUGGCACAGAGCUGCAGGGUGCCAGGACUGUCUAGGCUGCUGGCUAAUCUGUUCACAAUGCAGAGUAAGGUGGAGCAGGAAGGUGACUCGUGGAAGAACCUCUACAGAGAGGGGAUGUACAACGAGGUCUACACAGAGCACCUCUCCUGGCCUUUUAGAGGCAUGACCUUCGCCCAAGCCAGCAAGCUCUGCUUCCUGAAGCUGGGCGUGCUGCUCAUCGGCAUAGCAACAUACAGCGAAGACAACGAGAUGAGGGAGGGGGACUCAUUGACAGUGAAGAACCUGGCUAACGAUAUCAAGGCUUGGAGCCAGGACAUUGGGAUCAGGACAAGCGAUGCCAACUGCAGUCUGGCAGAGACAGAUGAUCUUCUCCUGUACUUGCCAGAGGACACUUGCCUGGAGAGGGGGGUCGCCAUGGGAGAGACAGAGAAUGUGAGGAUCAGUGAGCAGUAUGCCCCUUGUCUUCCAGAGCAACAGCUAUGGAACCAGAGAUCUCUGCUAGCUUGGACGGGUCACCACUGUCCCCAGCGACUGUCCAACAUCAAAGCUGAGGUGUGUCCAAGUAGGCCACCGCGGUCGCAGGAAGAGCAGGCUUGCAUCCUGCAGCACCGGCGCUCCAGGGGGAUGGAGGGCAUGCGUGAUGAAGAGGUGCUGGCUAUCAUGAGGAUGCUAUGCCAGAUUGAUCCCAAGCAGGACGCCCACUCCCAGCCGUCCUCUCUGGGAGGGAGCACGGGCCUGGCUGUGGACCGCUUCAGGAGGCAGUGUUUAGGGGAGUACCUGGAUACACUGGAUCAGUGUCGCAAAAAGGGAGUUUCUGUCAGUCAGUCCUCAUUGGAGAAAGUGCUUCUGCACCCGGAGGAUUGUAACAUGAGGGGUCCAGAGCGUCCUGUACUGAGGCAGGCAGGGUCCACCCCGCUCCCAGGCUGUGGGGGCCGUCUGAGGGGCUGGCUCAACUGGGACCAUGGAGCCACCCCCCAGGACGAGAAGGAAGAGCAAGAUAGCCAAGAGGAAGCAGCCACACACAAAGUCCCCAAACUGAUGCCUGUGUACCCCUCCAGAAGAUCAGUCCACCGCAAGCCCAAGAUGAUGACGCUGUCUACUGGUCUUGCUGAGAAACAAGGAGCCCUCCUACAGACGUGCCAACCCUAAUGCUCUCUGGCCUGGCCAGGAUGACCAUGUCAGACUCUACCUGCCCCAGGUGGGCAUUUCCCCUCAGGAAGUUCUCUUCCAGCACAUCGUCCGCUCUCCAGCUCCCAGCCGUGGGAACUGGCCCAUUAACAGCCAAGGAUACUCCACCUCAGGAGACAUCGAUGGACAUAAGGCCUACAUUCUGUAGAUCUAGGUCAAUCCUCUCGAUUGAUCCAAUAUUAAUUUGUCUAUUGAGAGUGUAUUAAACAAAGUUAUGUUUAUUUCGUUUUUGGAGGUAAUCACUGGCAUAUUGCAGAAGUAUUUAUGAAGAGUCAC